AUGCCUAGUCAUUCACUGCGCGACUAUUUAACUCGGAAAAACCCAACGCUUGAUAGUAAUAACUCCCUCGAUGGCCCUCCUCCCAAAUGUGAGGAGAAAGGCUUUUCCGAGAUCACGGAUUGGAGGGAUUUCAACAUCGAAAACCUGAAUAACUGCUAUGGGGAUGUCCUAGACAGACACUGGGUAGACCCGCUGCCAGAUAUUUUUCCAGGGCCUACUGGACUCGAGCAAGAGAUCUUCGACGAAGAUUCUUUCGAGCAUCUUAUGACACGGUCUAUUGUGCCCCCGGUUAACGAGAGUCUCGCAAGAGCCCUGGAAGAUCUACACCCAGAUAGAUCUGGAAUAGCGAUCAACAUGACUCGUGGUGGAAGAGCAAGAAAAUCUAGAAAUCCUUCCGCUAGAACAUCCGGUACCACGAAAUUCCCGGACUGGGCUGGAGCCCAAAGGGCAACUGGAGGCUAUCUGAACCUCUGCCCCGGGGAGACCAAAUUAUCCAAAAAAUGGUCAUCCAACACACCAGAUCGACAUGAGUGGUUUUGGCCAUUGUUCCAAAUAACGACAUAUUGUGCAGAGGUUUGGGGCACUCGAUAUGGGUAUAUCAUCACCCAAGAUGAAAUGGUUGCCGUGAGAAUUUCCCGGCAGCCAAUUGAAUCAGGUAUCGCUCUGACACGAUCCUGUCGUUAG